ACAUAACCACUUGUGGACGUUAUCGCGUUAUCAGCAAGUGUCGGCGAUCUCGCUAUCUCGCGGUCGAGGCAAGAGCGCUUCUAUCCCGCCAUUCGCGUCAUAACCGUGCCAACGUACUCUCGGGUUUCGCCUUUCGCCCAACCACCCAUUCAAAUCUUUACCGUCGCAGACGUGGUCGACGCGGCCGGUGCAUGUUGCUAAAUUAUUAAUCGGUUCGUUAACCCACUUACUGUAGGCGCAUGCAUCCAUCGAUUGUGAAAUUAUAAUCCAUGCACAUGUUUUGUGCAUAUAUUACUUAACUGUAACCAGUUAAUUGAUCAACAGUUAGUGAUGUUACGCGUAUUAGCGCAUCGGUUAAGCAGCAGUUGUUUGUGCGGAGUGUGAACGAUCAUGAUUAAGUGCUGUGUGUGUGUUAGUGAUUUAAUAUUGUGCGGAUAUCAUACGGUUUAUAUUAAUCAUGCUGAGGCGUCGGGGAACGUAUACAGUCAAUGCUGAUUCUGGACUUCGGACGAAGAGCUCGGAUCUAGCUGCAGUCGUAUCGAAAAAGUUAGGCAAGGACGGCUCGAAGGUGACGACUGUGGUAGCGACGCCGGGGCAAGGCCCCGACAGGCCGCAGGAGGUGAGCUAUGCUGACAUGAAGCUCAUCGGGAACGGCAGCUUCGGCGUCGUCUACCAGGCCAAGCUAUGCGACACCGGCGAACUCAUUGCCAUCAAGAAGGUGCUCCAGGACAAAAGGUUUAAGAAUCGGGAACUGCAAAUCAUGCGACGACUGGAGCAUUGUAAUAUUGUCAAAUUGAAAUACUUCUUUUACUCAAGCGGAGAAAAGGUGGCAGUGCCCGAGGCCGUUAGCUCUCUGCUAAAUGCAAUGCAGUCUCUAGAAGUCGCAAAAGACGAAGUGUACCUGAAUUUGGUGCUGGAGUACAUACCAGAGACUGUGUAUAAAGUUGCGCGUCACUACUCCAAAGAUGAGCAAACCAUACCAGUUAGUUUUAUAAAGCUAUACAUGUACCAGUUGUUCAGAAGCCUCGCGUAUAUCCACUCGCUGGGCAUCUGCCACCGGGACAUUAAGCCGCAGAACCUCCUCCUGGACCCCAAGACGGGCGUGCUCAAGUUGUGCGACUUCGGCUCGGCGAAGCACCUCGUGCGCGGGGAGCCCAACGUGUCCUACAUCUGUUCGCGGUAUUACCGCGCGCCCGAACUCAUCUUCGGAGCUAUAGACUAUACUACGAAAAUCGACGUAUGGAGUGCGGGGUGUGUAGUGGCAGAACUACUCCUCGGCCAGCCCAUAUUCCCCGGAGACUCGGGCGUCGAUCAACUCGUCGAAAUCAUUAAGGUCCUUGGAACACCAACUCGAGAACAAAUACGCGAAAUGAAUCCCAACUAUACAGAAUUCAAGUUUCCACAAAUCAAAAGCCAUCCUUGGGCGAAGGUGUUCCGCGCGGUCACGCCCUCGGACGCCAUCUCGCUGGUGUCGCGGCUGCUGGAGUACACGCCGGGCACGCGCCUGUCGCCGCUGCAGGCGUGCGCGCACAGUUUCUUCGACGAGUUGCGCGAGCCCAACGCGCUGUUGCCCAACGGCCGCCCGCUGCCGCCGCUGUUCAACUUCACCGAGUACGAGCUGGGCAUCCAGCCGUCGCUCAACGACUUUCUUAAGCCGCGCGCCGCUCCGCCGACUGACGCCGCGCCCACCGCCGCGGCCGCCAACGCGCAGGACCACGACGCGCAAGGUGAGAAUGCAGCGAGCGGACCGAGCGGUGGUUCCCCAGGUGCGUCGUAGACGGACUCGCAGCCACCUCCUACCGCAUCUGACGGAUUCUCGCACCUCCCGCACGCACCGCGACGUACGACCUCCCCGUGGCAGGACAUGGCUGCGACGCAGUGGACAAACAUAAGCUUCGCAUAACGAUCCGUUGCACGGGAGUCAGUUGUCAACGCAGUGAACGAUGUCGAGAGCGCGAGCACACGGGGGAACGUACGUCCGCCGGGAGGUACGCGUAGGUGUCGGUGCGCCCGUGCGGAUAUCGACCGCGGUCGGAGGUGUUGUGCAUGAUUUUGGUUUUCGACGAGGAUUCCUAGUGGGCGCUGUUGAAUUUAUAAUUUUUUUUAUAGAAUGUUAAUUUGUACGGCAGUUGCGCUUUGCGCGGCCGCCGCUUCCAGCAUUCAGGCGCUCGCCACUCUCAUGCCGAGAGUCGGUCGUAUGCUAUUUUAUAGUGAUAGUACUUUUCGUGUUGGCCAUCGGGAAAAUUAUGCAUAAUAGGUGUUUUCGGCGAGUAAUCUGGUGAUACUGUAGUGUAAUUGUCGAUAAAGCUUGAGCUGUUGUAGUCGGUAAGAAGGGUAAAUCCGACGUAGUUUCUGAGCCGUCGCAAUGUGAUUGAUUUGUACUUUUGUACGCUCAAACCCCUUACUCGUGUACAUACCUUACUGCUGCGUUAUGAAUCGCGGUGAACGACGGAUCGGUGUAUGAGAGAUCGUUUCGUCGCGACCGUUUGUAAAAUCUUGUAUUUUUUUUUUCUUUUUUACCUUGUAUAUCCUGUAUCCAUGUAUAAUCCUAAAAUGAUGUAUAAUCCACGGAAGAGUAUUCACACGCUCGCUUAACGUGAUUCACCUAUUAGGAGAUAGCCACACGAUAGCGUGGAGCGUAACUUUGCUUGGCCAUGUAAUCAGUAGGAAGUUCAGUAGCGCAUAGAAUAUUUGCUGUGGGAAGAUUUCCGACUUGCGACGCGGUCGCAUUCAACGGCAGAAGAAGCAUUUUGUUGCAUAAAAAUAACGAGCAUACUUGUAAAUUUUUAUAACUAGCGUAAACUGAUCUCUCAAGAUAAUUUUAAUAUUUAAUGAUAUUUCAGAUUAUUAUGUAUUUGUAUAAACAAUUCAAAGGAUAUAAAUUUUAGAUUUACUACAUUAUAAAAAUAUAUUUGUUUAUUCCGGCAACUUUACAUUAGUAUUUUUUAUUGCAGUAUACUACUUAUUCAGCGCUGAAUAAAUUUAAUGUAUUUAAUAUAAUAGCACUGUCUGUGUCCUAUUGUAACGUCAUAGUUUUUUCGAUAAUAUUGUAUUCUAUAUUCUAUAAAUGAUAUUUCUGCUAUGUAAAAAUUGUCAUUGAGAACACAUUAAAUAGUAGUCAUUUAUGAAAACUAUAAUAUUAAAAGUAAUAAUUAAAUUCAUCGUCAUAGUUGUAAGUAUUUGAGCAAUUUAAUUUUGCACUUGGAGUUGCCGUACAGUUAUUAGGAGAAAGUAUUGAGCCUCUAAAUAUAGAGUAACAUAAAAGUUCUUUUAUUAAUGUUUUUAGAUGUAUGCCUUUAUGCGUAAACUUCGGUGUAAAAACGUUGGCAUCAUACCUUUUAAGAGCACCUAUUGCACAGAUUAGGGCGCUGGAAACAACGAUAUUGCAGGAACUUACUCGUGCGGACAAUGUCACAAUCACAUAUUAUGUAAUAUGUAACUCAUCAAAACUAGACUAUAUUAGCUACGGAAUGAAAUAUAUUCACGUCUCCAUACACCACAUUAGCAUGCCAAGCUAAUACAGAAUAGCUCAUCUGAUAACUGUAAUACAAAUCUGGCCCCUCAACGUAUAUUAUAUACGCUCGUAUUAUUACAUAUUUGUAUGUACUAAUUUCUUAUAAAUUUUUAGUAUGUUAAGAGAUAUAAUGCGCUCGGCGCACGAUUUCAAAUCACACAUAGUGGAGCUUAGUUGUCGUCCCUGCGGCUAUUCCUUUGCUGACACCUUUAUAAUUCGUGUAAAUAUAUUAUAAUAAUUAUUAUCUUUAUGGUAUGACUCUGAGUAACGUUAGUCGGUAGAGGAGUCCGCUUGCUGGCCGGUCCUCGGUCCGUGGACUCGGGGUUCCAGUAAGGUAUUACGAUAGUUUAGAUAUGCAUAUUUUAUUAAGUCUAUCUUAUAUGAAUUUUGUAAUCGACGUUGCUUCUAAAGACCCUCUGUGUAAAAAGUUAAGACAUACUAGUGACCUGAAUGUUUGAAGCGAUGUUAUUGGAACGUCUUGAUCCCACUGAAUUCUCACAUUCACGAGCACAUUUAACCGCAAGAGAAUUUACCGCAUACAUUACUUCGAAAUGGGGUUGACUUAUAUAAAUUAUUUAAAGUAAAAGAGUUUUCUUAUUGCUAGUACUGUAAUAUUAAAUUUAAUAGUGAGUGAAAUUUGUAUUUUGUUUUAAUUUGUUUUACUGAAUUUGAAUACAUCGUAACACCCAUAUCGUUGUUAGUUAUGAAUGAAAAUAACAUAAUUAUAAAAGUAAAUAUUAAAUGAAUAGUAA